CCAGACGGGCAGGGGGACACAGGAUGGCAGAGCUAGUAGGAGUAACUAACGGGACAUGCGGACGGAGUGAUAUCUUCUAAUAUUUCAAGUUCUGUCUGAGGCCUCGCCAUGCCGCUGGUGAAGAGAAACAUCGAGCCGCGUCACCUCUGCCGGGGGGCGCUGCCGGACGGCAUCGGCAGCGAGUUGGAGUGUGUGAUGAACAACACCUUGUCGGCCAUCAUCCGCCAGCUCAGCAGCCUGAGUAAACAUGCAGAAGACAUAUUUGGCGAACUGUUUAACGAGGCCAACAAUUUCUACCUGCGUGCCAACUCUCUGCAGGACCGUAUCGACCGGCUCGCCGUCAAAGUCACACAGCUGGACUCCACAGUGGAGGAAGUUUCUCUGCAAGAUAUCAACAUGAGGAAGGCCUUUAAGAGCUCAACCACUCAAGACCAGCAGGUGGUGUCCAAGAGCAGCGUUCCCAUCCCGGUGAAAGAGAUGUACAACCUGAGCGACAAGCCGCCGCCGCUCACCAUCCUCACGCCUUACAGAGAUGAUCACAAGGAAGCCCUUAAAUUUUACACGGACCCGUCCUACUUUUUUGACUUGUGGAAAGAAAAGAUGCUGCAGGACACGGAGGACAAAAGGAAAGAGAAGAGGAAGCAGAAGGAGCAGAGGCGCUGCGUGGAUGGGACACUGCAGAGGGAGGUCAAGAAGGUCCGCAAAGCGAGGAACCGUCGGCAGGAGUGGAACAUGAUGGCUCUGGAUAAGGAGCUGAGGCCAGACCACCGGCACACAAUUCACAGAGACAGAGCCGCCUCCUCUGAAGGAUCCAUGUCACCAGAAAACAGGGGUCAGAGUGUGGAUCAGCAUCACUACCCCAACAGCAUGAACCAUGCCGGCCACGCCCACACCUACUCCGGCCCACCGCCCAGCAUCCUGGCCGCCCAGAUGGCUGCAGGACACGCCCCCCGGGGAGGAGGCGAACACGACGGUAGAGGCAGGACCAUGAUGGCCUACCAGGGCGGGACGCUGGGCCGGCCGCACCACCACCAAGCCCCUCUGCCUCUUCCACCAGCUGAGGCCAUGAAUGGCGGCUCUAUGUCUCUGCCACCAAUGGAUUACAGUAUGGACGGCUAUGCCAACACCGGCCCUCCCCCGCCGCCUCCUGCACCCCUCAUACCUUCUGCACAGACGGCCUUCGCCUUACCACCCGGCGGCCCCAUGUCCCCCGGCCCAAUGGCCAUCUCCGCCGGCUACGCUCCGCCUCCGCCACCUGUAUGUGGAGCUCAGGGGGCUCCUCCGCCUCCCGGCCCCCCGGGGCCACCGCCUCCACCCGUCCCAGCUGGUGCCUCCCACUCCACAUCCUACAAGAUGUCUUCCGCGGCGCAGGCUGAGAACGCGGCGGUCAACGACGCUCGCAGUGACCUGCUGGCUGCUAUACGCAUGGGCAUCCAGCUGAAGAAGGUGCAGGAGCAGCAGGAGCAGCAGGCUAAGAGAGAGCCGGUUGGGAACGACGUGGCCACCAUCCUGUCGCGCCGCAUCGCCGUCGAAUACUCCGACUCGGAGGACGACUCGGAGUUGGAGGAGAACGAUUGGUCAGAUUAACAUAAAAAAAACAAAAAACAACAACAUGGAACUACUGAAACACGUUUCGUCACACGCUCACACUGUGGAACACUCCUCACUGCGACACACCCACAGACCAUCAGAGACGCUGUAAAACACAGAAGCUGCACCUGAACACAAUCACAUGCUGUAGGGUCAAUAUAAGCUGUAAUGUUUAAACUGGAAAAUGCAAAAAUACUGUACAAAUAUCGACCACUCUUCAAUCUGUUGACCACUGAGCUUCAUUCUACUACUUUGAAGCAUUGUAAAUAAACCCCAGUAGAUGUGUCUCUAUUAUAACACUAUAACACACCAUGUGAAGGUAUUUACUUCCUGUAUAGUUGGAGCUUGAAACUAUUAGAGCUAUUAGAAAACCUUCCUCUUGCCCUAACUUGUGUACUUAUCUUUUUUUAAAGUGUUUUUACUGACAUACUUGUGUAUGUAUGCCAUAGAUCUUGAGGUAAGUCUUUAAAUUGUAGAUAAAUAUAACUGGAAGUAUAGGGAGAGUUUAGUGGUGGCUUUUUGAAAGGGGCAGAUCCGCUUUGGUUUAAAAUGGGGUUCUGAGGGAUUGUUACUAGUAAUCAGUGUCUUACUUGUAGUGGCCAUUUAAAUGACCUGUUUGGAAAAACUGAGAUCCUAAAUGGAUUUCUGCUGUGCUGAAGAUACUGACCGCAGGUAGCAACUCCACAGAACCCCAACUUAACGUGACUUGCAGAAGUAUUUAUACCCUUUGAAGCUUUUCAGAUUGUCAUCUUACAGCCACAAACUUUGAUACAUUUUAUUAAAAUUCUGUGUAACUGACCAACACAAAGUAGUGAACGUAGAAGUGAAAACACCAGUCAUAUUCUCAGAAUUUCUUCAGAAUAAAAACGUAAUUUUUGUACAACUUUGUUUCUAUUUUGUGUUAGUUUCAUCUCAGUUAUGCACCACUUUGCGUUGGCCUGUUACGUGAAAUACAAUAAAAAUACGUCAACGUUUUUUACUGUAAUUUGACAAAGUUUGGUGUUUAAAAAGCUGUCAAUGGAAGGACUAUUUGUGAAAUGUCUUAUUAUAAAUGAGCCACCUGCGCUUGCAACCGCUCCCUGCUGUGAAUGUGUGUGUGUGUUGGGGAACGUGGGGCGGGGCCCUAGUUUGUAACUGUAACCUCUGACCCAAAGAGAAAUAAAUUCAUGAAUGAAGGAUC